UCCCCGGGCUGCCACUCUCCGGGUGCUCCUCCUCCUCCUCCUCCUGGGAAACUCUCCCUCUUUGCCCCGCAGCGGCGGGGGCGGAGAAGAGCCUUCGGCGGACCCGCAUCUCCCAGCAGGUUGCGCCGGCGGGCUCCUGGCCCUCAGAGCGAACCAGGCAGCCGGGGCUGGGCGGGGCAAAAAGACGGGCCGCUCUAAGUCGAUUGCCAAAGGGAGGGAGGCGCUGCGCUUUCGGUAAUUUGCAGACGGUCCCUCGCCUUGCCUUCCGAGGUGGGUUUGUUAUGGUCUCGCUGUCUGGUUUUCCACAGCGAGGCGGACCAGGCGGCUCUUCGGACGAUCCCCCGCGGAAGCUGAUCGGGAGAGAGAGAGAGAGACGCCGGCGCGAAGCUUUCUGAGCGCGAAAGCAGCGGUUUGGAGCCGGCCUCUUUUGAAGGUGGGGCAUCUGGAUGGCCGGUCGAUGAAGCGGAGAGGCAACACCUUCGCUGCCCUCGGCCAGAGGCCUUAGGCCUAGUUGUUGCUGCUGCUGCUGCUGCUGCUGUUGCUUCACAGGGAGAGGAAGUCUCCGAAGCUGUUUCUGGGAAGUUUUUCAGGAGGACUCACCGACAGAGCGCAAAACUCACAAACCCUUUCGCAAACUGCGAUCUAAGCGUGGUUUCUCCCCAGGCACAGCCAAACACAUUGUUGUCUGGAAGGAUUGUCCAGCGAUUCUUGUCAGUAAUUCGGAGUGACAACAUCAAAACAGCCAUGGUUGAUUCUGGCAUCUGAAAGAGUCUUAAGUCAGGGAAUGACCCUUUCUCAGAUGGACAACAUGUUUGUGGAUGAAGUUUCAUCAGGAGACGAGAGCCUCAUCUUCUUGAGUUCCCUUGGAUUUGGUGAUGCCGAGAGCAACCACACAGAAGAGCAGUGCUUCAGUGUCCACUCCCAUAGCUCGGUCCUUCAAGGGUUGCCGUUUGGUGGUGUUCCCACAGUGCUUGCCCUCAACUUUAUUCUCUGGUUGUUCUUGCUACUGGUCUUUUCCUGUCUUCGGAAAGCAGCUUGGGACUAUGGGCGCCUGGCAUUGCUGAUGGAUAAUGACAGCUUGACAUCACUCUUCUAUGGUGAGCAAAGUGAAAAGGAGAAAUCACCAUCAGAGACUAGUCCACUAGAUGCUGAUAACAAAGAUGGGGGCUUCUGCUCAUGGCUGCUUUCUAUUUACCAAAUGAAAGAUGAGGAAAUUCAAAGCAAGUGUGGAAUUGAUGCUACCACCUACCUUUCCUUCCAAAGGCACCUACUGGUGCUGCUUCUGAUCAUCUGUGUGCUUUCUGUGGCAGUCAUCCUCCCUGUCAAUUUCUCUGGCGACCUCCUAGGAACACAUCCAACUAAUUUUGGCCGAACCACUAUUGCAAAUGUUCCCAGAGAUGACCGCCUCUUGUGGCUACACAGUAUCUUUUCCCUCCUCUAUUUCAUCAUUACUGUCCUCUGUGUGGCUCAUCACUCCAUCCAACUUGAGUACAAGGAGAACGAGAGGGUGGCCCGGACACUGAUGGUUACCAGGAUUCCCAAAGAGAUCACGGAUCCCUCCCUUGUUGUCAAACAUUUCCAUGAGGCUUACCCAAGCUGCACAGUGACCGGAGUCCAGUUCUGCUCUGAUGUUCGCAAGUUAAUGAAGCUGGAUUCAGAGAGGCGCCGGGCAAUGAAGGGGAGGCUUUACUUUACUACCAAGGCACAAAAAGAGGGGAAAAUCAUGAUUAAGAUCCACCCGUGCUCCCGCAUCUUCUGUUGCAGUAUCUGUGGCUUUGAAGAGGUGGAUGCUGAACAAUACUAUGGUGAGCUGGAGGAGAAACUGACAGACGAGUUUAAUGCCGAACGCAGCCGCAUUGCGCUCAAGCGCCUUGACAUAGCUUUUGUCACAUUCCAGGAUGAAAGGAUGACAGCAACUAUUUUGAAGGAUUACAACUGCAUCUACUGCCGUAGGCAUCCACAGCAGUCAUCAGUUACCACGGUGGUGAAGUCCCAUUUCUGGGGGGUCAGCUAUGCCCCUGCACCCAGUGACAUCAUCUGGGAGAAUUUAUCUGUCCAUGGUGCUUUGUGGUGGGUACGAUUUGUCCUGCUCAACAUCUGCCUCUUCAUCCUCCUCUUCUUCCUCACCACACCUGCCAUCAUUGUCAACACCAUGGACCUGUUCAACGUUACACAGCCUGUGGAGAGCCUCAAGAACCCAAUUGUCACCCAGUUCUUCCCCACAUUGCUGCUCUGGGCCUUCUCUGUGUUCCUCCCUUUCAUUGUGUACUACUCAGCUUUCUUUGAAUCACACUGGACAAGGUCAACUGAGAACCAGAUCACGAUGCACAAAUGCUACUUCUUCCUGGUAUUUAUGGUUAUCAUCUUGCCUUCACUAGGACUGAGCAGCUUGGAUCUUUUUUUCCGAUGGCUAUUUGACACCCAUUUUGUGGAUCGGGCAGAGAUAAAGUUUCAGUGUGUUUUCCUCCCCGAUAAUGGUGCCUUCUUUGUCAACUAUGUCAUCACCUCCAGCCUGAUUGGGACAGCCAUGGAGCUUCUGCGCAUCCCUGGACUUAUUGUCUAUGCCACACGGCUUUGCUUUGCGAAGUCUGAACCAGAGAGGCUCCACAUCAAGCGGAACCAAGCUUAUGAGUUCCAGUUUGGAUUGGAGUAUGCCUGGACCUGCUGCAUAUUUGCUGUUGUCAUGACCUACAGUAUCACCUGCCCCAUUAUUGUCCCCUUUGGUUUGCUGUAUAUGUUGCUGAAGUACAUGGUGGACCGGUACAACAUCUACUAUGUUUAUAUCCCCACCAAGAUGAACCAACGCAUUCAUUCUGCCGCUGUCAGCCAGGUGGUGGUGGCUCCCACCCUCUGCAUGUUCUGGCUGCUCUUCUUCUCCAUCCUUCGUCUAGGCACUAUCCAUCCCAUCACUAUCUUCACCUUCGUAAUCCUCUUCUCCUGCAUCUUUUCUACAUUUCUUGGCGUUUGUCUGAAGAAGCUGCAUCCAAAGAAGCCCUCCAGUUACCAGCAGAUGUCUGAGCAAUCUGAAGGAGUGUUCAAUGACAUGGAAAGGAGCAGCAUUUCCUCAACCCCCAAUUCAAAUAUGUUUGUUGCCACGGUGCUUCAAGAGCCAGAGCUCAGCUUGACGCCAGCAGCCUCGCCGGCUCACCAGUCCUAUGGUACCAUGGGCAGCCGUCUGGAGCAAGCAGAGAAUAUGGAGGAGGCUGGUCUUCAGAGCUUUGAAACUGAGCUGGAAGGCACUGAAGGAGAAUACAGAACCGGGCCUGUGCUGGACAGCCAAACUCACUAUCACUGACUUAGCCCCUGCUAGAGCAAUGACUGAUAAGAGGAAAACAGUUUCCAGUCUUGAGGGUGCCAGAGGGAAGCUUCACAUCCCAAGGCCGAGAGAGGCCAGUCCUAUGCUGCUGUAUCAAGUCCUUCUGAAAGCUGGUCUUGGGCACAAGAUCUUGUCUUGCUAACAUGGCCAGAGGCAGCAAAGGAGAUGCACAACAGGCUUUUCAACCCGUAAUCUCUGAGCCAUGUUGUCAGAAUGGCAGCUCAACUCUGUGGCAGAAUCAGAACAAACAGGGAAGUUCUAAAGAGGCCGUGUUAGACUCCCAUCCUGUGCUCUUGCAGUUUAGCCAUGUGUUUUACGUCUUGCCUCAAGCAUCUUUUUUGCUCCUGAGCUACAAACCGCCAUUCCCUGGCUGUUCCUUGAUCUUCUGACAAAUCUUAUCAGACCUCAGUUACUCUACUUUUUCUCUCCCACCCUUUCCCAUGUCUCCCCCCACUGUUUGCUUUUCGUUGAUAGUUCUUUUCGGUAAAAGACAAAACAAUGUUUUCCUGCACUGUGAAGCCUUCUGCUUAAUACAGUAAGAGGAAAAGAAUUUGAACAGUAUAAUGGCUAUGAAAGCUAUGAAAUUUUUCAUAAAACAUUCAGGGCUGGGCGGGCAAGAGUUAGAAUGGCAAGUGCCUCCUGAGAUGAGUUUUAAAUGGACUACGCAGCUCGUGCAGUGCAUCUGUUGUUGGAGCAAAAGUCUGUGUCUUUCCUGAGUAACAAAAUGACUCUUAAGAGAUUCCCUUAGUGAGCAACAUAUCCCAUAGCCCUUUUUCUUCCUUUUUUAAAAAGUGCCCAUUAGUUACUGCUGCAGUUGUUGCUUUUACCCAAAUCUACUGCCUCCGAGAAAGACUUGCCUUGCCAGUUUGGCCCAAGUGAUAAACCUGACUUGCCUCUGUUUUUCUAUGCCUGCUGGUGUGCUUGCUGGAAGAAUCGCCAUGUUCGUACAUUGCUGCCUCUGGGUGUAAACGAAGUGAAAAAUAUCUGGUUUCUUGGGCUGGGGAGAGAGAGAAGAGGUGACACAGAAUCUGUGGACAAGCUGGACUUGAGAAUGGUAGAUGUGUGAGUGUAAAUCAGAGCUUGCCAAUAUAACUUAUUUUUCUUUUCUCAUCUGUAAGGCCAGUUUUCCAAGCACUAAUGUAAAUCUAGAUUUCUUGUAAUGCCACAGAAUGCUGAGACCAAGGGGAGACUUUUAAGUGUUGAAGGGAGUACAGGUAUGAAGGAAGCCAAAUAAGUCUCUCAACCUAUGUUGGUGGGUGGGCAUUGAACUGUAGAGAGGUAAGCUGUGGAAGGGGAAAGGUUUUAUUUAUCUCAUUCUCUUCCCCUUUUUUGCUCUGUAAACUGGAGCCAUUUCUGCUUUGGGAUGGGGCACCUGUUGGACUCAAACCCCAUCAGCCCCAGCUAGCAUGACCAACAGGCAGGGGUAAUGGUAGUUGUAACAUCACAUGGGAGCCCCACACAUUUCUCACAUCUAUUCUGCAUGCCUGUUGCAGAAUCUAGAUCCAGACAUGUGGCUAUACCAGAAUCUUAUCUAGUUUGGAAUUUGGGAUGACAGAUCAAGCAAGAAUGGACUGGGUGAAAUGGACAGCAAAGAUGACAUUUCUACCUUUUAAUGACAUUAACCUUCUGUACACCCAAGAUUGUCAGCUUUCAAGCUGCAUGAUGACAUGAGACCUAGCCCAACCCAUCAUCUCUAAGAGGAUCAUUAAAAUGAUAGAUGUGGUUAUCAGAAUUACUUUCUUUUUCAGCUUAUCCGCAGGAGUGACUCUUCGCGUUGAAGCUGCCACUCUAAAAGAGGGCUCUCAGCUCCCUCUAGUUAUAUGAUACAUGGCCAAUUAGAUCAAUAUUUCUCUCUUAUUCACCGUGCUGCAUUUGGAGUAGCUGCAACAAUGACAUUGCUCUCUUGUGUCGGUACUGCAGAACCUGUAACAGGCCAGUCUGAAAAAUGUGAGAAAUGGCCUGUGCUUUGGGAGAAUGAAGAGAGGGAAGGAACAGCCUACGUGCAAACAGGCAUG